AUGCUUCUCCCAUUUAUUGUCUCGCUUGUUGGUGUUUUGUGUGGAAUUUUGAUUUCUGUAAUUAAUGUUUACUUGGUAUUAAUGUUUAGAAGCCAAAGACGUCAUCAAACUUCUGAAUUGACGCAAUUCUUCUACCGCUUCCACUUGGAUGCUGUAAUUGGAAUUGCCACAUGUUUAUAUUUGGGUCACGUUCUUACAUUCUACGUGUUUCCAGAAUUUUUCGAGUCAACUAGACUUUUGGUGCUAUGGUUCGGACUGCUCACUUCGAACUUACAGAUGGCUCGAAUGAUGUAUCAAUUUUUUAUCAGUUGUGAUAGAGUUAUGGCGGCCUUCUUCCCGAUCGAAUACCGAAUCUACCACCCAAUAAUCCCAAUUUGGCCAUUUUUCCUCUUCUCACUUUCGACUGGUCUCUUUCAAGAUUUCGUGUUUUUCUACUGUUGUGAUUUUGAGAUUUACGUUCCGAAAAAUUGUUUAGCGUUGGGAUGUGUAAUGAAUAAGUGUUACAAGACUUUCUGGUCAACUUAUCAAACAGUCAUAUUAUCUACGAUUGUCUUGUUUUCCUUUGCAUUUUGCACACGCCUAUUCAUGUGGAGCAAGAGCACCAGAUCUCUGACACAGGCAAACCGAUUAGCCAUACUUGAUGCCGUAGUCACAUUUUUCUGUCAAUUUAUUCCUCCGUUUUGUGUGAGCAUUUGGCCGGAAUUUGAGCUGUUCAAAUUUUCAUACGCCGGGCCUUUUAAUCUUGUCGGAAAGCUGGUUGGCAACUCAGUCGAGUCGGUUCUAAUGUUGAAGCUUCUGAUGAGAAGACAAUCGUUUCAAGACAAAGUUGGAACGACUGUUGCAGUGAAAGGAUUCAGUCAUGUGACCCAUUCUUCAGAACAUCCACGAAUUUCAUAA